UGAGACAUCACAGAACCCAAAAACAUUCUCAGUAGUGGAUGUCCAAUCCAAACGUUCUUAGAGAAUUAACAACCAAAUUCUCAUCUCUCUGAUAUAGUUAUAAAUAGAAACUUUCCUUCUUUGUCCAUCAUUCAUCUCUUUGAUAGCCUUCUUCUCUCCGGCCGGUCCCUCAGCAAUAUGGGACGUUUUGUGUUUUUGCAAGCAUGCGCUUUAGCACUUUUAGCAUCUUCUCUGGCUUCUGCUGCAAUUGUCGAGCAUUCAUUCAAUGUGCAAAACCUCACUGUUCAAAAGCUAUGCAAUGAGCAAGUGAUAACUGCUGUGAAUGGAAGACUCCCCGGGCCGACAAUACGCGUUCGAGAGGGUGAUACCCUUGUCGUCCACGUAUUCAAUAAGUCACCCUAUGACAUUACUAUUCACUGGCAUGGUGUGUUUCAAUUACUAAGCGGUUGGGCUGACGGGCCUGAAUAUGUAACUCAGUGCGCUAUACGUCCUGAAAAUAGCUAUACAUACAAAUUUAAAAUCACCGGCCAGGAGGGAACCCUUUGGUGGCAUGCUCAUGCAUCCUGGCUCCGUGCAACCGUCCAUGGCGCCCUUAUCAUCCAUCCCAGAUCUGGUCGUUCAUACCCAUUCCCUAAACCCCACAAGGAAGUUCCCAUCUUAUUUGGAGAAUGGUGGAAUGCUAAUGUAGUUGAUGUUGAGAAUCAAGGGCUCGCUACCGGCGCUGCUCCAAACAAUUCCGACGCUUACACAAUUAAUGGAAAGCCCGGUGAUCUUUACCAAUGCUCUCAAAAUGACACAUAUAAGCUGAAGGUUGUGCAAGGAAAGACCUACAUGCUACGUAUAAUCAACGCUGCGCUCAAUAACCAGCUCUUCUUCAAGAUAGCCAAUCACAAUAUGACAGUUGUCGCUAUAGAUGCCUCGUACACGAAACCGUACGUCACCGACGUUGUUGUGGUGGCCCCUGGCCAAACCACCGAUGUCCUUCUCUGUGCCAACCAGCCCGUGGGGUCCUACUACAUGGCCGCAAGGCCUUACCUUAGCGCCGCAGGCGUGUUGGCGGAUAACACGACCACAAGGGGAAUCAUCAUCUACGAGGGCGCCACGUCAGCUACUCCCCUGAUGCCGGUCCUGCCGGCUUUCAACGACACCCCCACGGCCCACAAGUUCUACUCUAAUCUUACUGGUCUAGCGGGAGGGCCCCACUGGACCCCGGUGCCAAAUCAAGUGGACGAGCACAUGUUCAUCGCCUUCGGUCUCAACCUCGCGCCGUGUGGAGGGAACGCCACGUGUGGAGGGCCUUUUGAGCAGCGACUCUCUGCGAGCAUGAACAACGAAUCAUUUGUGCUCCCGAGCAAUAGCUCGUUAUCUAUGCUCCAAGCGUUCUUCCUCAACGUGGGUGGGGUCUACACCACUGAUUUCCCCAGCGUGCCUCCGGUGAAGUUUGACUACACCAACCCCAACAUCAGCCUUGAUCAAUCACUGAUAUUUGCGCCGAAAGCAACCAAAGUGAAGAAAUUUAAGUACAAUUCGACGGUGGAGAUUGUCUUGCAGAACACAGCAUUCUUGGCGGUGGAAAAUCAUCCUAUACACAUUCACGGCUUCAAUUUCCACGUGUUGGCUCAAGGGUUUGGGAAUUAUGAUGCCGCUACUGACACCAAAAAGUUCAACCUCGUUAAUCCACAGACCCGUAAUACCAUUGCUGUUCCAGUUGGAGGAUGGGCCGUCAUUAGAUUACAAGUUAAUAAUCCAGGUAUAUGGCUAGUACAUUGCCAUCUGGACGUGCACUUACCAUGGGGGCUGGCCACGGCUUUCGAGGUUGAGAAUGGACCAACUCCAUCAUCUACGCUGCCUCCACCGCCGGCUGAUCUACCAAAAUGCUAGAAGCUCUACGUCGGCCAUGCAUGGCUUUCAAGCUGUGUCGUAACUGUUUUUUUCUUCCUUUUUUUUUUUUUUUUCAAUGUUCGUAGUUUGGCAUUUCGUUAAUUUGUUUGACUGAAAAAUAAAAUUGUAAUAACGUACGGGAGGAAUCAUCCGUCGUCUGUUUUCACCAUUAAUUUCUUAUUAAAUUACAUUCUUGGAGUGAAAUAAUAUGGCUGUUUAUUGCCAACA